AUGGCACAUGCACCAUACUUUUUAACUAAUCCACUUAAUGUGUGUGGCGGCUUUUAUCCUAAGAGUUAUUACCCUGGUGUUUUUGCAGAUAGUUCUCCUAAUGGAUUUCCUAACUACGAAGUUGUUCAUCCUAUCAAAGUAGAUUCAUCGGGACAUUUUUUGUCCAAUCAUGUGUCCCACCGUGUGAGUCGAAUUCAAAGGAGAGAAACAAAAACAAAGAGAGCUGGCCAAGGUUUUUACCAUCUGCAGUAUGGUGGUCAAGACCUGCACUUUAACCUCACCCUAAAACCCCAUCUACUAGCAUCUGGAUUCCUCACAGAGAGGAGAUACGGUGGUCUGCAAGGGUCUACAUUAAAUAGCCAUGGCCACUCUCUCUGCUACUUCCUGGGAGAUGUCUGGAGCAGUACAUUGAAGUGGGGUCAAGCAGCUCUGAGCACUUGCAAUGGCCUGACAGGGCUGUUCAAGCUCUCAGAAGAGGAAUUCUUCAUUAGUCCACUGGAGUCAGCACAAGAAAAGUCAGCCCCACAGGCUCAUGCAGUCUAUAAGCGACAUGCUGUCCAAUCAGAACACCAGCUGCUGCAGCCACGUGGGGAGCACACAGCUAACACGACUUGUGGAGUCAGAGAUCUUUUAGGAGGGGCAAAGCAGGUGGAAAGGCAAAGAGAGCGCUGGGAGAGACGGCAACAUCGCAGACGGAUUAGACAGCGCUCCAUAAGCACUGAGAAGUGGGUAGAGACUCUGGUAGUGGCUGACCCUAAAAUGGUGGAAUACCAUGGGAGCAAAGGAGUUGUGAGCUAUGUGCUCUCUGUCAUGAAUAUUGUGGCAGGGUUAUUUCGGGAUGCCAGCAUUGGAAAUGCAAUCAACAUUGCUGUCGUGCGUCUCAUUCUGCUGGAAAAGGAUGAGGAGGAUUUGAAAAUUACACAUCAUGCAGACAACAGCCUGAACAGCUUCUGUAAGUGGCAGAAAGGCAUCAAUAUGAAGGAUGAUGAUCAUCCAGUCCAUCAUGAUGUGGCUGGCCUUAUUACUAGAAAAGACAUUUGUGCCGCCAUCAAUAAGCCUUGUGAGACAUUGGGAUUGUCUCAUGUGGCUGGAAUGUGCCAACCUCUCCGCAGCUGCAGCAUCAAUGAAGACACAGGCCUGACCCUGGCAUUUACAAUCGCACAUGAGCUUGGCCACAACUUUGGGAUUCAGCAUGAUGGGAACGGCAAUGACUGUGAGCCUAUUGGGAAAAGACCUUUCAUCAUGUCUCCGCAGCUCCUGUAUGGGACCUCUCCACCCAACUGGUCACGCUGCAGCCGUGAAUACAUCACCCGCUUCCUCGAUCGAGGCUGGGGCUGGUGUUUGGAUGACCCUCCUGUCAGAAACGAUCUUGAGAUGCACUCUGCUCCCCCUGGCGUCCUGUACAGCGCUGCUCAUCAGUGCAAGCUCCAGUAUGGAUCCAGCUCGCUGCUCUGUGAUGAUGUAGAUAAUAUCUGCAGCACCCUGUGGUGCACAGUGGCCUCAACCUGCCACUCGAGGCUGGAUGGUGCUGUGGAUGGGACCAAGUGCGGUGAGGGCAAGUGGUGUUUUGACGGGGAGUGUGUGGAGAUGGGCUUCAGGCCUAAAAGCGUGAAUGGUGGCUGGGAUUCAUGGAGCGAGUGGUCCAGGUGCACCAGGACAUGCGGUGUAGGCGUUCAGAAUGCCCAGAGGGAGUGUGUCAACCCUGUGCCCAAGUAUGGAGGUAAAUACUGUCUUGGAGAGCGCCGCAGAUAUCGAACCUGUUACCGUGACCCCUGCCCUGCAGACGAGCCCAGCUUUAGACACAUCCAGUGCAGCCGCUUUAACACAAUCCCAUAUAAGGGAAAGUUUUAUAAAUGGAUACAUGUAAAUAACAGAGUUAAUCCAUGUGAGCUGCACUGUAGACCUGUGAAUGAGCACUUUUCAGAGAGGAUGCUGGACACUGUCAUAGAUGGAACACAGUGCUAUGAAGGCAGUCAGAACCGUGACAUAUGCAUUAACGGCAUUUGUAAGUACUUAGGCUGUGAUUAUGAGAUUGACUCAGAUGCUGUUGAGGAUCAGUGUGGAGUGUGCCAUGGAAAUGGAUCUACGUGCGAAACAGUGAGGAAGACCUUUGAGGACAGUGAAGGGCUCGGCUAUGUAGACAUAGGUCUAAUUCCGGAAGGAGCACGGGACAUCCGUAUCGAGGAAGUCGCAGAGGCUGGGAACUACUUGGCAUUACGCAGUAAUGACCCUGAAAAAUAUUUCCUGAAUGGUGGCUGGACGAUCCAGUGGAAUGGCGAGUAUAAAGCAGCAGGAACAGUAUUUACUUACGAAAGGACCGGCCAGCUGGAAAACCUAUCUUCCCCCGGACCGACUAUGGAGCCAGUGUGGAUCCAGCUGCUUUUUCAAGAGACCAAUCCAGGGGUGAGGUAUGAGUACACCAUAAGCAGAGACAUUCUCGUCGACUCCAACAAUGGCACUGCUGUCUCUUAUUUCCAGUGGAUUUAUGGGGCUUGGACUGAAUGCAGCACCACAUGUGGAACUGGUGUGCAGAGGCAAGUUGUGCACUGUGUGGAGAGAACAUCUGGAAUCGUCGAGGAACAUUACUGUGAUCCAUCUACUAGGCCGGAUGACAAGCAAAGUAACUGUAAUAAGGGGGCAUGUCCUGCCAUGUGGUGGGUUGGAGAGUGGCAGAAGUGCUCAUCUAGCUGUGGGGACAUUGGUCUUAGUAAGAGAACAGUGCUGUGUAUUCAGAGCCUUGGGCUGGAUGAGCAACGAGCGCUUCAGCCAGCUGAAUGUCAACAUUUGCCUAAGCCUGAGUCAAUUGUUCGGUGUAACACACAUGUGUCCUGUCCUGCUGACUGGACCACUGGAAGCUGGUCAGAGUGUUCAGUUAGCUGUGCAGCUGGUUUCCAGAUACGUGAUGUGACCUGCAGCUGGAAUACUGGUAUGGACUGUGAUCCGAAAGCAAAGCCUAAUUCAACUAUGCCAUGCUAUCUUCAGGACUGCCCCAUAAAUUCGGACACCUUUGGCAAUGACUGGUCAGGAAGUGGAGCAUCCAGCAAAGAAGUUUUCAAUGAGAUAAAAGUUAUACCCCACUUUAGUACUACUAAAAAUCAGCCCAGGGGCAAUGCUGACCUCAAUGACAUUAUAGAAGACGAUUUUUCACAUUAUAGUGAUGUUGAAAAGCCCUCUGACAAUUCUAUUGUGAAAAAUCUUCAAGUUGAUGAUUUUUAUUACGACUACAACUUUAUAAGAUUCCAUGAGGAUCUGUCGUAUGACUUUGAUAAAGAUGAAAAUUAUAUGCUUGAUAACUCAGGAAUAAAACAUGGAGACAUUACUCUGAAAGGGACAGAUGUCCCAAUAACUACCUCAUCACCAUCCACCACUGCGGACCAACACAGUACCACGAUGCACUCUGACAGCAUUACAAUCAAGGGUACUGAAGGUCAUGAACCUCAAAAGAAAGACGUUCUAGAUGAAAAUAAUGAUGAGCUAUUUGCUGAGGAUUAUUUCCUGCCUGUCAUUACAACAACUGAACCAUCUUCUGCAGUUACCAGGUUAUUUAGCAAAUGGAAGGAAAAUGAUAGUGACUUAAGUAUUACAAAGAAACCUCCAUCAACUGCAGAUGUGUCCACUCAGAACAAGCAGACAUUAUCAUAUGAAACUGAGACAAACAUCUUUUUGACUCCUGAACCACAUACAAAUUCAAACUCAAAUAACCAUGACAAUUACAAAGGCAAUCAAAACGAUAAAACUGUAACAGCAAUAACUGAAGAUGAUAAUGAAGAGGACUUUGGCGAAGAUGUUCCUGGAGGUGAAAGUGAACCACACCAUGGCACUCAAAAUUAUGAACCUUUAGAUUAUGUGUAUAAGUUUGAAACUCAUGAGAACAGACAUGUUCAAAUUCCCAAUACUCCAUUACAAUGGUGCACGGCCUCACCAACAGUCUCAGUGAGUGCAACUUCUCAACCAUUGGAGCCUCUCAGCAGUGCUUUCAGUGUUGACUUUGCAAAAUAUAAAGUUCUGACAGAACCAUCAUUUAACACCAAGGAGAGUGAAUUCACUGUAAGAGAGUUCACUACAAUCUCAGAUAGUCUUUCUCAAGGGUAUGUUCCUUCUCCAACUUCUGUCCCAGCCAAACGUUACAGUAGCAUGAACUCAGCAGCUGGAACAACAGCUCUACCUCCUACAGAAAUGGAAAGUGAUUUUGAGCACCCACUCUUCACUCCAAAUGAUAUUCUGGACACUACAAUUGCUACAGAGACUCAAAGUUGGUAUUCCAGAGCCAUUGCAACACCCAAAACUAAUGGGCCUAGAAUAGAGCCUUGGGGAACUCUGGUCCCCUUACCUCGCUGGACAGAGAUUGACAACAAUGAGAUUAUUUUUGCCCGAAUGCUGAGACCUGCUGGGCUUAAUCCCUCUCUGUCUACUUCUACUGAGCAGCCAUCUCAGGGCACUAGCAGUGAGCAUUCAGUGCAUUCUUCUAGCCCUCCAAUGGCCACUGGGCUGGUCAUGCCUUCUCUUUCCCCAUCAGCCUCCCCGGCACACUGGAAAAAAGGCAACUGGAGUGCUUGCUCAACAAGUUGCGGGCUUGGUGCCAUCUGGAGGUCAGUGUCCUGCAGCACUGGUGAGGAAUCAGACUGUGACUUAGCUACAAGGCCAGUGCCAGCACGCCGCUGCUACCUUCGUCCCUGCUCUGCAUGGAAAAUUGAAGAGUGGAGUAAAUGCUCAAAGAAUUGUGGUGUAGGAGUGAAGGUCAGAGAGAUUCAGUGUUAUGACACACGAGAUCAGAGGUUGCUGCGGCCAUUUCAUUGCCAAGCCACCUCCCCAAGACCUCCUGUCCGAAUUCCUUGUAACAUCCACAACUGUUUAGAAUGGUACACAUCUUCUUGGGGGCAGUGUUCAGAGCUGUGUGGAGGUGGGGAGCAGCAGAGGCUGGUCACCUGCCCUGAAACUGGAAAAUGUGAUGAUGACCUACAGCCCGGCAACAUCCAGACUUGCAAUGUCCAUCCAUGCCACCAGUGGAUUACUGGAUCGUGGGGUCAGUGUUCGGUGUCCUGUGGAGGAGGUGUUCAGCGCCGACUGGUUAAAUGUGUCAACACUAAGGCAGAGCUCGAGGAUGAAAAUGAGCAUGUUGAUUGUGAUCACGAACCUCGACCAAAGAACACAAAGAAGUGUAACAUUCAUGACUGUGACAGCGCCCCCUCUGGUCAGUUGUGUUUACGGGACCAUUUGACAUUACGCUUCUGUCAGACCCUCCAGUGGCAUGGGCAAUGUCAAGUGCCUUCAGUCCGUGCAAAGUGCUGCAAGACCUGCGGGCUGCCAUCACGGGGCAAUGAUCGCAUUGCAAGUCGCUGAGAUCCAGGGGGAUUCCAGAAUGAAUGUUGUAAGCCAUGAAACAAAAGGUUACACAAAUACUCAAAGCAACUAUGGACCAAUCCAUUGUUGGACAGACUGGUCUGGUCUGGUCAAGCUGUUGCCAUUGACCAACAGUUCAUCAAAGGUGCUUAUUUCCACCCAUCAUCUCAGAUAAGUGGUAGUAAAACAGUUAAGUGGACCAUCUUGCCAUCUCACUGUAGACUGAUGCAGGGAUGGUGUAUUUUUAGCAUGUAGAGUUAGCAUUUUAGCUCUUCCAGUUCUUUUGUCCUGAAGUCAAUGGGUUUAUUGAAUGUUUUUUUUUUGGUAAAUGCCUGAAAUAAGGUCUGUGGUUCACACAAGCACAUAAUAUUUUCAUCUUUUUUUUUAAAUGGCAUAAAUACAUCAGUAAAACCCACUUGUGAUUUUACUUCUACUUGUCUUGAAAAGGUCGGUUGCUAAGAAGAGGCUAAAAAACUCAUCUACUUACUAACCCGCUUUCAAAAUCUUGUCAUGUUUAUAAAUGCGCUCUUGCAAACUGUUAUACUUUCAGGGAUUUUUUUAAAGAGUUGUCAGAAGCUCAGUGGUCAUUCUGAAAUCAUGCGACUGCGAAGUAGUUUUUUUUUAUUGCCUACAUAACUUUUACUUCUGACAAAGAGAGAACAAAACAUGUAAGAAUCAAACAUUUAUUGGUCAAAGAGCUUAUUUCCUGCAAUAAUAUAAAAGCAGAUGGAAAAAUACAACCACUUUUUUGUCAAGGGUGAUGCUAAUUUUCAGGUUGACCUACAAAAAUACGUCAUCACUGUAAACGUUAUUUUCUGAUUAGCAAUUGACAGAAAUAUAUUCAUAAUUUGGCUGUUUGAAUCUUUUUAACUCUGUCAGGAAUUUAGGAUUGCAGUUCAACAGUUCGAGUAUUUGAACCACAGAUAACCACAAAGCUAGAGCGCAAUUCCACAUAAUUGCAAGGUUGCAGAUGUUUCUAUUUAUUGAAGCUGAUGACAGAUCAGAUGUAAAACCAGUAAUGAAGUACCUGGUGCUGCAGCAUAAACCGGUGCUAAAGGUAGCGAGCGCUAAGCUCCUCACUCAGUCUAGUGUUGGCUGGUACUUGAAUUCAAUACACACUAUUUAUAGUACCUUAAUUUUAUAUGUCUGUAUUACCCUUUGGAUUAAUAAACAUACACAGAAUAAUAGUUCAGUGUACCACUUUUUUAAAAAUGUAUACAACAUAGAAUAGCUUAAUGUCUGCUUUCAUAAAAUAUAAAGGAUUUAUUUUUAAUGCAGUUAUUGUAUUCCACUAGUGUAUAAUACGAGAUACAACCAUUAGAGACAUCAGUUUAAAGAAAAACUCAAGAUGUUUGUCAAGUACAUGAAAUAUUACACUAAGUAAAUAUUUAAUAUGGUUGUUUUUACUUUUUUAUAAUACUUGACCACUAACUGUGUAUUCAUUCUUAAGAUGCGAUCACAUCUGCGACCUUUCUGCAAAGUUUUGUGGACAAAAAAGGUCUAUUGUUAAUAGUGUAGUGAUAUAUGAAGCUCAGUUCAUACAGAGCAAUUAGCAAUAAGUCAUUGAAAUUUCACAGACAAAAAAGGUCAGUUUUAUGUCUAUAGUAUAGAUAUGAAGCACAGCUAACAUAAAAAUCACUUUCAAACCAAGCUUUCUCUUGGUUAUAUUUCUGUUCUAUUUCUCAUCACGACAACUUCAGUGUACCAACUUGAAAAUGAGUAAAAUCCAUUUAGGGAACAGUUUCGCCUUCAUGCAAAAUUCCCAUUUAAAUGAUUGCAUAUCUCUAUGGAAGCCCAUUUCCACCACUGAAUAAAAAAUAAAAAAGGUAAUUGUGAAUUUUUAUCUAACAAUUCUGACUUUUUUAUCAUAACUGGGUGAUACAAACUCGCAAUUCAGACU